AUGGACACGCCAGCAAUCCCCUUGCCACGGGACCCCCGGGAGCGCGCCAUCCUCGACAAACUGAUCAUGACCCGGGAUCACUUGCUGCUCCUCAAGCAGGAUCGAACGAACUACAUCCGAACACAGGACGUCAUGCCUCUGUUUGAUCAAACUAUGGACCAGGUUAAGGAACUGACCGUCGUCCGCGCCGAGACAGGCGACAGUGAAGAGAACAGACUGGACAAGGUCCUUGAGAGCUGCUUCCAAUUGCUAUCGCUCUUUUAUCUCACGAUCGGACGAAACAACGAAGCGCCUGCGACUUACGCUUUGACCUCGACCAUCAAGCGACUGCUCGAUCACCUGGUUGAAGCUGAUGUGUACUCCGCUAAGGACCUUGGCAGCAUCAAGUCAACGCUAGAGGACUUGUGCAACAGCAUCCGCGAUGCCGCGAAUGACGAAUCCCCUGACAAGCGACACCCUCCCUAUAUGCUCACCUUGCUUAGCAACCGAAUCAAGCUUUGCAACAGCACCCUCGAGAAGCUUCAAAAGAGACUAGAGCGAGUCCCCCAGUCACUUUUGGAGACCCACGAGAAGCUCGUCUCUAUCCUGCGGUCCAUCUCUCUGGCAAACACCAAGUCCAAGUUCUCGAGUAACGAGGUUAAGAAGCUACGAAACCAGAUCUUGGAGAUUGGCGAGAGCCACAACGGUGGCAAGUUCACAGCAGAAGAUGGUUCUUUGGUGGAGGGUGGCGAGGAAGUGCGAGAGCUUUACAACCGUUGCCUCCGGUGGUCAGACCUCGUGCUUGAACGACAAGGAGAAGUCGCCGAUCAAUGGCGACCGAUCUACACCGAGUUGCUUCAGAUUCGCAACAACCUCGAGAAGCUCUCCCUAACACAAGCAUGGUCUCUGCGCGAGACAGACCUAUACGAUUUCCAACGACAGCUUGACAAGAUUGACGAAAGCCGAGAUGCUGGAAACUGGCUGGACGAUCGGGGGCGUACCGCUGAUCUCUGGACUCAGCGAACCCUGCUGUACUUGAUCCGACGGUCGUAUGCGUACAUUUACUCGUUCAUGCUGGCGUCAGAGCCGGUAUCGGAGGCGCUGCUACCCGUGUACAACCAGCUACAGACGCUGAAGCGCUGUCUGAUCGAGGUGAAGAAGAACGGUGGUGUUUCGUCUGUACGAGAGCUCUACCCGUACAGCAUGAAGCUCAACUCGCUCGACAACAUGAAAGUGGACGGCAAGUUUGUGGUUAACGGCGACAUCCCCGAGGGGCAAGGGAGCGUCAGUGAGCUCCUUGCUGAAUGCUUCGAUCUCAACUACGAACUCAGAGUUGCGGCGGAGGAAGCAGCAGAGAACGGCAACGGAAAGGCAGAUGGACAUGUUGAGGCCAAGGAGGUGGAGGAGAGCAAGGCCGAGUGA